AUGCCGAGAAUAACGAAAAGCCAAAAAGAGCAAGGGAAGAGAAAAGUAGGCGGAGUGGAUCGAGUAGGAGAUGGAAGGAGAAGAGGGUUCAAAGUUGGACCUGCGCAUGUUUCUAGAGAUGCUUAUUUGGGUAAAGUCAAAAAGAUUGAAAGAGAUUUAGUAGAAAGAGCCAAAGUGAAGAAAUCUUAUGCCAAAAUAUUGAAACAAGAAGGAAUGUCAUCAUCACGAAUUCAAGACCGAUCUAAUCUUUCCACUCAUCCACUAAUCUCUACCUCUCUUCCGAAUCCUGGAUCAUACAAUCUUGACGUCCAAUCACAGGUCAACACCUCCAUCCGUGAAGGUCACGAGGACCCGAUUGGCGAUGAAGGAAUUCCGACGAACGAAUCAGGCUCAGGAUCCCGGUACAAGGGAGAAUCAAGCACCUCAGCAAAUCGCAAACAUUUCUCCAACUCAAGAGAUGAUCUGUCGGAAGGGUUAUCGAAGUUCAAGAGAGAUAAAGGAAAAGGUAUCAUGAGAAACAGGGAUACAACUCACUCGGAAAGAAACAGGGACGUUGAAAAAGCACCAAGAAAGUUUGAUUUUGGAGAUGGGAAAGAAUCGGAGAUGGAAGGAGAAAGACAACAAACACUCAUCACUGCUUCUGGUCAAUUAAGAGCUUUAUCACCUCUUUCUCUGUCUUCCGAUUCUGCGGUGAUAUCAAUUCGAGAUCUUCAACGGAAAGUUUAUCCUGAUCGAUCGUCGUAUGCACCGAGUUUAGGUGGAGAGGAUCCAGGAAGAAGAAAAGAAGAGAAGAUCCGUCAUGAUCGACCUUUCAACCCGCUUAAUAUCGGUGUUAGAGGUCACGCAGAAAAUGGAGGAAGAGGAAGAGGAAAAGGAAAACAUGGACAACCUGAUAUGGGUGCGAAAAUGACUUUGUUAUUGGAGAAAAUACAAAGAGGAAGGACAUGAUUACUUUUGACUUCAUUUGACAUGUAUGUAUCCUUCU